GAUGGGUGUGUGUCAGAAGGAGGUGGGACUGGUACCAGCAGGUCAGAGCUGAUCCAGCAAUACUGGAGAAACCUGCACAGGUAAUACCACCAUCAUCCAGUGCAUCUGUUUCUGUAUAAAGGGAGAAAAGGGUUAAAUUCAUGAAAGGAGGAUUCUGAAAUCCACCACUGACAAUGUUAAUGAGGUAUUAUUCUGAAAGAAAACCCCUUCCUGGGUUGACUGCCUUGCUGACAUACAUCCCUCCACAUCAGCGUGAUGUGACCACCUCUCCUCCCUUAUCCUUUACCCCACGAGAGUCCAUCUUCACACCACAACGUCUUCCUUCACCCCCUCCAUGGGUGACACAGGCAAUAUCAAACCUGGAGCAAGGUGAACAGGAGCUUCAGAGCCUCAGGGACAGAAAGCAAGCUGAAGUGGAGGAGGUGAACCGCGAUUUAGACAAUGCCGUGAUAGCAGCUCAGCGAGAGGAGCGGCGCCUUCUCGAGAAGGUAGAGCAGGACCACCAAGAAGCACAGCGACUUCUAAGUCAGGUAAAGAGAGAAAACGCAGCAGCCGUGAGAGUUGUUCAGACACUUGUUGAUCAGCAACUUCGAAAAAUUGGACAAUUAAAGGAACAAAUUCAAAGAUGGGGUUUAACUGCUGGUGAAUCCAACAAAGAUCAGCUCCAGAGAUAUGUGGAAGAGGCCACACAGCCAUGGGAAAUCUCUCUAACCCUAAAAAGGGUGAGUUUCAAAUCAAGCCCCCAGUCCAAGUCCUUUUACCUGGGGGAGGUUGACAUUUGUGAGCAAAGUAUGACUUACCACAUUGGAGGGUGUGGUGACCAAGGACAUAAGUGUGCCCUACACUCUGGUAAAGCAAUAUUUUCAAACAUAACUCCAUGUGAAAUACGAAAAGAACCACAACCAAAUAGAGGAGGGCAAAGGUGCAGUCCAGAGGACAAUAAAACAAAUGGAGGGACUGUGCGAUCUGUUCGGAAACUACAACUGUCGAGUUCUACGGAGAACAAAGAAGAGUUUAAACCAUCUAAGCCUCCCAUACCAAGACACCGUGGUCUAUCCGAAUCUUCCCAAGAAGAGGAGGUGGAAUCGGUUUGUUCAGACACACUGGGACAUGACCUUUUCUUGUCUAUUCCAACAGUCCCUAGUCAAGGUGAAUCUGAGAGUGAUGACUUUGAUGGUAGAUACAAUGAAACAAAGAGGCACAGUAUAGUGAAAAGCAAAAGAAGGCAAAAAGCUCUUGUAUUGGUGUCAUGUGAGGAACCAUCCUGCUCUAUCGAAGAAAUGGAUGGAAAAAGAAACAACACCACAUGUUCUCCAGUAACUAGAUGCAAAGGCUCACCCUCCAGGCAUAACCUGGUAGACCUUUCCUCAAGGCAUCUUACUUCUUCACAAAUAUGUAUCACAAAGAAGAAGACCCCAACAGAAUCUUCAGUGGACAGUGGAAGUCCUCCAUCUCCAGUGGGCAGUGAAGAUUCCUGCUACACUUAUACUCUGAGUGCCCCAUCUUUUAAGCAAGACCACUACCGCUCAUUGUCUGUAGCUGACCUUUCUGGUAACGCACUUCCUCUAAUUGCGAGUGACAAGAUUGAGUGCAGAUCCUUGAGAAAGGUCAACAGAAUGCGUCUUACAUCUGAACGGUCAACUUCUGAGCAAGGUCAAGAGUCCAGCUCAGAUUGCAACAAGAACUUAGCAAGAUAUGAUGAAAGACAGUCAAGAUCUCAAACUCGCAUUACACACGAAUUAGGUGUAAGUCGCAGAUCUCAGUCCCUGUCAGCUAUUGACGGUGACAAGUCAAAUCAAGUCAAAGAUCUAGAUGGAUACAGGAAAGAUAAGAAAGAGAGAGCCGAUGGGGCCGAUAAGGAGGCAGAUAAAAUUGGAGGUUCAACUGCCCUCGACUCAGCUUAUUUGAUCAAACAGCUAGGGAAACAAGGAUCUGGUCGCACGGACUUCAACCUGCCAAGUGGUGUCCAUGCAACUGUAAGAGGGCAGCUGUUUGUGGUAGACUGUGGUAAUGCGCGAAUUCAAGUGACAGACCUCCAGAAGAAUGUUGUACAGCAAGUGUCUCCUGGACCAGAAAGAUCUUCUCGUAUUUGUAACUACUUUGAUGUGGCUGUGAACUCAAAAGGUUUGAUUGCUUUAACUUGUGCUGCUGAACGAGCUGUGUUGGUGUUCAGUCGUCAUGGACGCCUUCUGCAAACAUUUGGAGGCACAAUGAUUGGUUCCACCAAUGAAGACCUUGAUGCACCAAGAGGCAUCACCGUUACAUGGCAAGAUGACUUCUUGGUGGCUGACAUCAAGCGUGGUACCCUAACCAAUCUAAAACUGGACCCUAAAACCGGAGUAAGGUUGGAACGCACAGUGAUAACCGGGUUCCACAGACCCUACUUGGUGGCAGCCUGUCUCACAACUGGGCUCAUGGCAGUGACGGAACGAGGCAAUGAAACUGGGCGUGUUCCAUGCAUACGAGUCCUGGCACCAGGCUGGAACACUCUCCGAAUCCUCGGGGUGUGCUCUGGACUGGGGCCUACUCUGACCUGCCCUUGGGGGCUUUGUAUAGACAGUGAUGGAGAUGUCUUGGUGGCAGAUUGGGGCAAGCAGAAGCACUGUGUGCUCAUAUAUCCAUCCAAAGGGGUGGGCUGGCCCCUAGUGACUGACAACCUUAACAGCCCGAGGGGGUUGGCUCUGCUUCCUGGUGGUCAUGUGGUUGUAUCUGACAGCUUGAAUCACUGUAUUAAGAUCUACCGUUACAAGUGAACUGCAUGGAACUGUAGACAUAGUCAAAUAUAUACGUAUAUACAGACCAAGUCCUAAUCAAUUUGUUUUAAAGGUUUACAUCUGCAUAGAGGUGUCUACCUUUUUUAUGGUUUAACUUGGUAUUUAUAUUUGAUGAGUCCAAAAUUUUUAAAAAUACUUUUAUGGUAUUCUCAUAGUCAAAAAUUACAAACACAUAGAAAAAUAAUGAUAGACGUCUGUUUUGCUGCAAUCCAACUUAUUUUAUCAGCAAAUCUUAUGUUUUAUUACUAGGAGCUUGUGUAUAAUUAGUGUUUUUGUGUAUAAUAUGCUCGUACUUACAAAAUUUAAAAAGAUGUAAGGCUUGCCUAAGUUUUGCUAGAUAAAACAAAGAGUGAUAGAAUGAGUUGCAUUUAAGAAUCGUGUUUCCUUUAAUCUAAAUCAUCAUAGGUGAUGUGAAGCUAAAACAGAAGACAUCUGCAUGGGGCAGUUAUGUUUACAGCACUGCUAAAGGGUAAACAAGUAAACGGGCCAAAGAGAGUUUAGGAGUCGUAAAUGCAUAUAUUUGUAAACUGUUACCUGGAAAACUGAAUUUCUCCAUUAAGUUAACUUGGUGAGAAAUUAUUAGUUUGAGUUUGACCUGAUUUACAGAAAGAUACAGUAAACAUGGAAAUGGAAAAAACUGUAAACACAAAUAAAAAUUUACUGAGAAUAUUGUCUGGUUGUGCAAAUUGUUUAAAAUUUAGCAAUUCAGCAAAAACAGAAACUCCAUUAUCUGUCUC